ACUUCUAUACCAUUUUAGUGUUGCAGGGUUUUUGAAUGCAGACCCGUCUAGCUUUCCAAAGGGCCCUUCUGGGUCUCUGGUUGUGCUUGUUUGCUGUAAGCUUCUGCUACAGCAAUGCAGAGACUAUUGAGGAAGCUGGAGAACAAGCACUAGACAAAGCUUAUUCAGAGCUGCAAACAGAGGCUGCAGAGCUCAAUGAAGAAGGGAAGUUUGUCUUUAAGAAACAUCCUCCACCUAAGAUUCCCAUUGUAAAGAAGCCAUUUCCACCAAAGCCCUUCUUCAAGAAGCCACUUCCACCACCAGUUCCAAUCUUCAAGAAGCCACUCCCUCCACCUGUUCCAGUCUUCAAGAUUCCACCCUUCAAGAAGCCGGGUCAUCCGCCGAUACCAGUUGUGGAAGGAAAACCAUUUGUAAAGAAGCCAUUUUUUCAUCCCCUUCCAAAAUUCAAGAAGCCAUCUCUACCUCCUGUUCCAAUCUAUAAGAAGCCACUUCCUCCACCAAUUCCCGUAUACAAGAAACCAUUUCCCCAUCCUAUUUUCAAGAAGCCACUUCCUCCACCCAUUCCAACAUUUCCUCCACAUCCUUUCCUUGGGAAGCCACUCCCUCCUCUGGUUCUCCUGAUAUUUAAUUACUAA